UGGAGUCUAGGAUCUGGAGUCAGAUUUAAGUCCUCUCUGUGCUUACAGCUCCAAUGGCCCCCAAAAAACCAGAGCCCAAGAAGGAUGAGGCCAAGGCAGCACCCAAGGCAGCUCCAGCUCCCACACCUGCACCUCAGCCUGAGCCCCGCAAGGAGGUUGAGUUUGAUCCCUCCAAGAUCAAGAUCGAGUUUACGCCAGAGCAGAUUGAAGAGUUCAAGGAAGCCUUCAUGUUGUUUGACCGCACGCCCAAGUGUGAGAUGAAGAUAACAUAUGGGCAGUGUGGGGAUGUCCUGCGGGCUCUGGGCCAGAACCCUACACAGGCAGAAGUGCUCCGUGUCCUGGGGAAGCCGAAACAGGAAGAGCUCAAUACCAAGAUGAUGGACUUUGAAACGUUCCUGCCCAUGCUCCAGCACAUCUCCAAGAACAAGGACACUGGCACCUAUGAGGACUUUGUGGAGGGGCUGCGGGUCUUUGACAAGGAGGGCAAUGGCACGGUCAUGGGUGCUGAGCUCCGCCACGUGCUGGCCACACUGGGUGAGAGGCUGACUGAGGAUGAGGUGGAGAAACUGAUGGCAGGGCAAGAGGACUCCAAUGGGUGCAUCAAUUACGAAGCAUUUGUGAAGCACAUCAUGGCCAGCUGAGCCCCCACCAGGGAGCCCAGGGGACGGUGUGCCGGGACAUUUCUCCUAUGUGUGAUGCUGACACCACUGGCCUGGAGUUGUGGGAAGGAGGGGAGCAUUUGAAGACUUCUGUGCAAGUCCUCAGACCUCUCUGCAUAGUUGUCAUCUGUCACCUCAUUGGUGGCCUGUGACUGCAUCUCUGUCCUCAC